AAAUUGAAUUGGCGUUAAACUGAAUGAUGCGCUUCUUAAAUCUGAAGCUUCGAAGCCUAAGUAGUUAUUAUCUACAUGCACUCACUACCUGUAAUGUUAUACCCAACUGGUCAAUAACUUCCAGGAAGAUAAAUACCACUUGUCAUCUGCCAGCAAAUGUUGAAAGCAGAGCGACUUUAGUGUACAAAAGUCCUCAUCGUAAACUUGUAUUGGGAGCUAAAACGUUUUCAUUACUAUCCAGUUCCAUUGUUAUUCUCCUACAACCUUUUUUGUUCUCACAUAUCUCUGACGUAAAAAUUUUCUCCGUGGCUUUAUUUGGUGGUCUUGUUUUCUCACUAUCCACUCCAGCUUUGUUGCAUAUAUUAACUCGCAGUCAUGUUACGGAAUUAUAUUACAGUCAGGACAGUAAAGUAUUCACUGCUUACUUAAAAGGAAUACUCUUAAACACUAAGAAGUUGGAGUUUACUGCUGAAGACGUGAAGUAUGCUGAAUCAAUGUUCACUAUGGCUAGCAUCACGGCCAAAGGUGUGCCAUUAUAUAUUUCAGAAGUUAACUUCACAGACAUUGAGCUGUAUAAACAGCUAGUGCGCUUCAAUGAACCGUUAGAUAUCAAGAAAUUUUAAAUAAAUACUGCAAAAUUACCCUUACAGCAUAUUUCAUAUGCGUUCACAUGCAAACAAGUUGUCAGGCCUCCUGUGUUGGCAUUACCAGCUGGUGUCACAGCUUUUCACUCGAUUUGAACAUGGCAGUCCCUGUUAUCUUCCGAAUUUGAAGAAGAGAGCGCCCGGGCAUACGGUACGCCCAUUUAUAUCCAGUAAACGAGUUGUUGUAAAAGCUGGCGACGGUGGUAAUGGAUGUAUUGCUUUUCGACGUAUCUUCUGUAAUCCACACGCUGGUCCUAGUGGUGGGGACGGUGGAAAUGGAGCACAUGUGAUUUUUAGAGCUGAUGAAAGUACAUCUGACUUAUCAAACGUACCCACUGUUAUAAAAGGCCAAAAUGGUGCCAGUGGAUCAAUGAAUGAUUGUCAUGGUGAGAAUGCGGACCAUGUUUAUGUAAAGGUUCCACUGGGUACACAAAUAUUUUCUGCAUGUGAAAAUCUUGAUAGUGUAAGCAAAGAUAACAGGUCCAGUGUUUUGAUGAAAACAUUACAAUCACCAGGCGACAUUUUCUUGGCUGCACGUGGAGGUGCUGGCGGUAAAGGCAAUGCAUUUAUGACGUAUGCAACAUUAGCAGUUGAUUCAAUGAAACUACCGAGUAGUAAAAAUACUCCAUUACGUAUAGCUGAACGUGGUGGUCAAGGUGAAACUAAAGAAUUUAUUCUGCGUAUGCGUAAACUUGCAGAUUUAGGGUUUGUUGGCUGUCCUAAUGCAGGAAAAUCUACACUAUUAAAAUGUUUAACAAGGGCCAGACCUAAAAUUGCACCGUAUCCAUUUACUACACUUCAACCACACAUUGGAAUGUUGAAUGUUCCUGAGAAUUAUCAACUUUAUUCAUCAAGUGAUUCAACAGAUAAUGAUUAUUCUCCAGAUUCAUCAAACGAGAUUCAUUCUAUCGCUAUUGCUGAUCUACCAGGUAUCAUUGAUGGUGCAGCUGAUUACAACAGAGGUUUAGGAGCCCAGUUUUUAAGCCUAAUCUCUGAUUGUUCUGUCCUGGCUUAUGUCAUUGAUUGUGGGACAUUGUGGCGCAGCUGCGGUCAUGACAAACUGCAUGAAUUCGAAGAUGAGCUUACUAAUCAAUUAUCUAUGCUCUAUUAUGAAGUAACUACCUACGAUGCCAAUCUCAAUAGUCCCGAUAAAUGUAUUAUACUAGGCAGCAAAUUGGAUUUGAUUUUCCGAACGAAGUGGAUUUCAAUUUAAAGUGUAAUAAUUUGGAGAAUAAUGCAUAUAUUCUUGAAACAUUAAGCCAUACACUGCACAAAGUAGCAUGUUCACUUGGUGUUAUCAGUGAUACACCAGAAAGUAGAGAUAGAGUAAUGCUCGUUUCAGCCAAGCGAGGAGAUAAUAUCCCACAAUUAGUAUGUAAACUUUUGAAAUAUGUACAGAAAUCUGAUAAAAAGUUGUGAAUCUGACACAAUUGAUGAAAAGGUUUUCUGCAUAAUACAAAUUUUUAGAUGCAUAUACCUUCUUGUAUAUGUAUAUUUGUGCAUAAGAAAUGAACAAUGACUUGAUUUUGUUUCUCUUAUUAAUGAGGAAAUUUCUGGUCAAAAUAUUUUUUUAAAAAAUUUAAUCAGUUAACUGUAAUAUUUCUUCACGUAUUUGAGUAGCACAUGUAAAUGAUUUCAUUGGUGAUAAAAUUUAAUUUCAAUUUUCUUGAUGACUAUGAAGUUGGCAAUUUGUUUAAGAGCUCUUUGGUUAAAAAUUCAGAUUAAUUUUUGUACAGUAAUAAACUCAUUUGUAUAGUUUUCUUUACAACCUUAUUAUUCUUUCUAAUUAUGCUGAAGUUUUUAAAAUCAAGCUUGUAUCCAUUUUGCAAAUAUGUUUGGUUAUGGUGCUUUGUAAAGGUUUUUGUCGAUAUGCUGUAAUAUCUUCUUUGAUGCGCCACUACAAUCAUUUUAAACUCUGAUAUAAGGGAAGUGUAACUCAUGCUGUUUAGUCAUAAGCUGCUAGCAUUACAUAUCAUAUCCGUCUCUGUUGACUGCUGAUGAUUUUUUCACUUUCUGUUUAUCUGACAUGUUCUUGCCACCGCUAAUAUAUAUGGUAAUAGGC